AUGAGAACUGGCCAAACAGCUGUGAAGGCAAGAGAGAGCUACAACAGGCGAUCGUAUUUCUCAAAGCAGGGCAAAAGAGUGAAGCUGGUCAAAAUGAAUCUUUUCUGCAUUUCGCUGGAGGGCUCUAUGGAUAGCUUAUAUGAGCCGAUCCCAGAGCAACAAGCUAACCCAGAAAACACGUCUAGUAGAACUGAUUCUCCUAUCCCACCCUUUGGAGAGAGUGAACAAACACCAAACAAUCUCUUCGUGGGAGUUUCUAAUUUGGAGAAUUCAAAACCAAAAAAGAGAAAGUUAUUCCGGAGAUUUAUGUCUGAAAAUAAAAUAUUUGAAGGAAAAACUGUGAAUGACAAAAUCUGGCAGGAACACAGCAAGCAUAAGAAUGAUUCCCACAUCAGAAGGCCCUGUCAGCUAAAAGAUCUAAAUGAAGAUGACUUUCUAAGUAACAACAUACAUACUCAUCAAGGAAAAACUCUACAAGGAACUUCCUAUCAGGUGACCUCUGAAUGUUGGAGUCCAUUUCACUAUCAAAGACAUGUUGAGACUACUGUUGAUGAAAUGGCCAUAAAAUCGGGCGGUGACCGUAUGGAAUCAAUGGGGACAUUAAAGCGACUACAGAAACUGGUUUGGACUAAGAAAGCCAGAGUGCAGAAUCAGGAUGAGGUGAAACCGACAUUAAUAAACCUCCAAGACGAAGAUGACACAUUGAUUUCUUGUUUGAAAUUAACCAAGUACCGAGAAAAGAAAGUGAGUAGUGUUAGCACAAGGAGGAAGGAAGAAAUGGAGAUUAGAUUGGAUACUCUUUCUGCAUCACUGGGUAGAUCCAGCACUUUAAAUGACUGCAACUUGGAAGAUAAAUUAGCUUGGUAUGAAGGUGAAGCUUACAUGUGGCAUCACUGGAAGCCUUUUCCUGAAAACCCUCUCUGGACAUGUGUUGAUUUCCAAAUAGCACAAGUUGGACCCUGGGACCACUGCUCCUCUUGUAUUCGCCACACACGUCUCAAGUCUUCCUGCUCAGAUAUGGAUCUCCUACAUUCAUGGCGAAGCAGCAGUUUUGGGAAUUUCGAUCGUUUUCGGAAUAAUUCUUUAUCAAAACCAGAUGAUUCAACUGAGGCACAUGAAGGAGAUCCCACAAAUGAAAGUGGAGAACAAAGUAAAACUUCAAAUAAUGGAGGCGGUUUGGGUAAAAAAAUGAGAGCUAUUUCAUGGACAAUGAAGAAAAAAGUGGGUAAAAAGUACAUCAAAGCCCUUUCUGAGGAAAAGGUUGAGGAAGAUGGAGAGAAUGCCCACUCAUAUAGAAACAGUGACCCUGUGAUUGGGACCCACACGGAGAAGGUGUCCCUCAAAGCCAGUGACUCCAUGGAUAGUCUCUACAGUGGACAGAGCUCCUCAAGUGGCAUAACAAGCUCUUCAGAUGGUACAAGUAACCGGGACAGCUUUCGACUGGAUGACGACGGUCCCUAUUCAGGACCAUUCUGUGGCCGUGCCAGAGUGCAUACAGAUUUCACGCCAAGUCCCUAUGACACUGACUCCCUCAAAAUUAAGAAAGGAGACAUCAUAGACAUUAUCUGCAAAACACCAAUGGGGAUGUGGACGGGAAUGUUGAACAAUAAAGUGGGAAACUUCAAAUUCAUUUAUGUGGAUGUCAUCUCAGAAGAGGAAGCAGCCCCCAAGAAAAUAAAGGCAAACCGAAGGAGUAACAACGAAAAAUCCAAGACUCUGCAGGAGUUCCUAGAGAGGAUUCAUCUGCAGGAAUACACCUCAACACUUUUGCUCAAUGGUUAUGAGACUCUAGAAGAUUUAAAGGAUAUAAAAGAGAGUCACCUCAUUGAAUUAAAUAUUGAAAACCCAGAUGACAGAAGAAGGUUAUUAUCAGCUGCUGAAAACUUCCCUGAAGAAGAAAUUAUCCAAGAGCAAGAAAAUGAACCUGAGCCCCUAUCCUUGAGCUCAGACAUCUCCUUAAAUAAGUCACAGUCAGAUGACUGCCCAAGGGACUCUGGUUGUUAUAUCUCAUCAGGAAAUUCAGAUAAUGGCAAAGAGGAUCUGGAGUCUGAAAAUCUGUCUGACAUGGUCCAUAAGAUUACUAUCACAGAGCCAAGUGACUGAACACACAUUCCCAACUAUAUAUCUACAGAUGCAUUCCGUUUUAACUCUUCUUGAGCUAAAACGUCAAAUAGGAGAGGAAGACAAAUAUUUGUAAAUAAAACCUAAAGUUUAAAUGUUUUAAUCUGAAUAAUUGUACAUAAAAUUUUGUAUCUCUAACAUUCCAAAUUAUUGUCAAUAAAAUAUAUAUUUAUUAUUUUAAAUGCUAUGUGUUAAUAUUUCACUUGCCUGUAUUAGAAAGGCAAAAUGUAAUCUGCAAAAAACAAAGUAACCUUUUUUCAUACCUGCCAGUUUUGAAUUUAUAUAUGUUAUUGAACAAAUAGUGAUAGAGGAUUUGCUGUUGAAACAAGUUGUCCAAGCAAUGUUAUAUUCAUUUUUAUACUUACCGGGAAAGUGUGAGUGAAUAUUGGAUACAUUUUAUCCUGAUCCACGGUGGAGUUUUAGUAAUUAUAUUUUGUUGAUUUCUUCAUUUUGUUUUCUGGUAUAAAAGUAUAGAUAAUGUGUUGUCACUUCUGAUUUAGUGAAACCAAUUGUAAUAAUUGUGCAGGUAUUUUGUCUUUAAGUGUAAAUAUUUUAAAAUUUGACAUACCCUAAUGUUAAUAAUAAAAAGAACUAUUUGCAUAUUGUA